CCUUGCGCAACUGCAGCUUUCAUUCACACAACCCUAGCAACUGCACAUCAGCUUGCGCAGAGCACACAUCCACAAUGCCGCAAGAACUCCUCAUCGACGUCCGCUCACCACUCGAGUUCUCCACCGGCCCCCUCGUCUCCGACAUCGCGCCCACAGUCAACAUUGAAUACACGCAGAUCGACUUGCUCGCUGAGAUCUACGCGCAGCAAAACAUCACCGUCGCCAAAGAUGACCACAUUACGCUGUAUUGUCGCAGUGGGAGGAGGAGUGAUAUUGCGAAGAGGAGCCUCGAGGAGUUGGGGUAUGGGAAUGUGAGGGAUAUUGGCGGGUUUGAGGAGGCGAGGAGGGUGUUGGAUAAAGAGACUGUUGCUAGACAGCUCGAUUCGAUAGCUGGAGAAGACUCUGAUGUUGUGAAGAAAGGAGCUGGUGAGACUGAGGCAAAGAGCGACGGGAAGGAAGGUGCGAGGCAGAAGUCGUUAGAUAAGCUGCUCGCUGGGCUGAAGGAGUGUGAUGAGUGAAGAGGGAUGCAUGUGCAUGUAUGGCGGCAUUACGCUUGCAAAGGACAUGACCGAGGAUGCGAGUCGCCACGGAAGAGAUCAAUGUGACAAUUCGAUGGAAGAAGAAGGUCACGAGGAAGGAAGGAUAAUGUCGAUGCCAAAUGCUUGCAUUUGGGUACAAUGUACAGGUAAAUACUAGAUUGCCUAACGAGUGUGUAAAGUU